AUGCCUAAAGACGGGUCAACGGGGAAACAGGGGCCAGAUGUCGAGGAGGUUUUUAGUCGGCGCCCGGACGGAUGCACACUAAUACCUUGGAGAGCCGGUAGAUGUUUGGCGUGGGAUGUUACGGUCCCUGGCACCCUUGCCGAACGAUAUGUAAACCCGACAAGUAAAGAAUGCGGUUUGGCCGCGGCCAGGGCAGCGGACGAGAAAAUGAAAAAAUAUGGGAAUGCCCUCCCCUCGAUGGAAUUCUUGCCAAUAUGUAUCGAGGUUCUCGGCCCGAAGUCGUACCUUUGUAUAACUAAUUCGAUGGUUCCAGAAAAAAAAAUUCGUUAUAUAAAAAUUUUGUUAUGUAGAAUUUGUUUGGGAAAAAUUAUAUAUUGCACAACAGGUUUGGGCAGCCAGGAUGAAGUUCGACUGGUUGAGCACCUUCUUCACGGUUACAAUGCACUCAUCAGACCUGUCAAGAAUCUCACUGAAACUGUUACCGUCAAGUUUGGAUUGGCUAUGAUACAACUCAUAAAUGUGAGGAGAGUUUUUGGUGGGCAAGGAGUAGAUGAGCUUCAGAUUUCUUCUGAUGUGACAGCUGAAAAAGUAAAAAGAAAGGAAGAGGUCUAUGUUUUGAAAAAGGAAUGUUAG